CCUCUCUCGGUGGAAGACCGCGUCCGAGCGACACCUCGUCUCUGCUCUCUAACCCACUUAACUCAAGUGCCAUGGAGGACUCAAGUAGUUGACGUUUCCUGUUGCAACCUUCUCUUUUUAAGCUUUCUUCCCGUCUGAUCAUCACGACCCGGUUUUACUGACGUUUUUACCUCUCAGCGACUUUUUGUUUUACGAGCAUCUGAAAUCAUGAAGUACAUCAUCGGCAUCGGCGGCGUAACCAAUGGAGGGAAAACCACCCUCACCAACAGACUGAUCAAGAACCUGCCCAACUGUUGUGUGGUACAUCAGGAUGACUUCUUCAAGCCCCAAGAUCAGAUUGAAGUUGGUGAAGAUGGCUUUAAGCAGUACGAUGUUCUUACUGCCCUGGACAUGGACGCCAUGAUGAGUACGAUCUAUGCAUGGUUGGACAACCCAGUGAAGUUUGAGAAGUCUCAUGGCGUCAACAACACCUUGGAUACUGAAAUCGUCCCAAAGUCUGACCAUAAGGAAGAGGAAACUCACAUCCUUAUUGUGGAGGGCUUUCUGCUUUACACCUACGAACCUUUGAUCGACGUGCUGAACCAACGUUAUUUUAUUUCCAUCCCAUAUGAAGAAUGCAAAAAGAGGAGGUGCUCCAGGAACUACGCUGUGCCAGACCCCCCCGGUCUGUUCGAUGGCCACGUCUGGCCCAUGUAUUUGAAACACAAGAACAUCAUGGAGACAUCAAGUGUUGGCGUCUUGCAGCUAGAUGGAACCAAGUCAAAGGAGCAACUGUUCAACUUUGUCUAUGGUGAAAUCCUGAACAACAUCCAGAAAUCUCUUUAACAAACAAAGGUCAUAACGAUCGGCUAAAAGGAGCAUUUACCCAGCCUGCAAGCAGAACACCGCCUUGCCUUAAGUUUCUACCUGGCAGCUCAUUUAGCUGACUGCUACGAUUUUUGUAAAUGUUUUAACUAAUGGCAUCAAAUGCUGGCAUGUUUUUUUUGUAUCUACCAUAUUUAUUGCUUUGUUACAGCCUACACUCUAAAGAGUUGAUGGAUAAGUUCAGAGGAUGGUUGCACUUGUGUCAAUAAAUGAUCCUUCUGCCAA